GAGUGAGGGGAAGAAGGAAGCCAAGGUCAUGUUUUGCCAAAAGAAAAAAAAAAGGGGCAGAGGGGGGGUAAACGGGAAGACCCAAAUGGGCCAUGGCGGGGAAUUUUUUUGGACAGAAAGUGAAAGCUUGGGGCAUAAAUUGGAGCCGGUGGCGGGCUCACACAGGCUCACACGGGCUCACACGGGCUCACAUCCUCUUGCCUCUGGACCCCAUCACAUCCCUCUAGGACGCCCAUCACUCCCGCACCCCCCGCAGAGCCUGAGCCUCUCACAGAUUCCUGCACACACCCAAGAACUCUCAGGCUUACACAUUCUCUGUGGCCUGCCUCAGCUCACCCGCCAUGGCACUCGGUGCAGGCCCACUACUGGCCUUCAGCCUGCUGCUUCUCGGGACCUUCCCAGCCCCAGCUCUUGGGGGCGCUAACGAUGCGGAAGAUUGCUGCCUGUCUGUGACCCAGCGCCCCAUCCCUGGGAACAUCGUGAAAGCCUUCCGCUACCUUCUUCUCAAGGAUGGCUGCAGGGUGCCUGCUGUUGUGUUCACCACACUAAGGGGCUACCAGAUCUGCGCAGCCCCAGACCAGCCUUGGGUGCAACGCCUCAUCCGAAGACUGAAGAAGCCUCCUGCUGAGAGCAGGAACAACAGCGGUUAACCAUGACAGCACCAGAGGAGCCCUGUGUCUUGAGAAAAGGGAUGUGAAUCACCCUGGCCCUAGGAACCAAGGACCAGGAGAGAUGACCAGGCCUCCUGAUGCUCUGCUCCAGACUUAACCCAGCCAGGGCUGUGCCUAGAGAACCAAUGUGAAUGUGGGUGUGAAUGAGAGCACAGUCUCUCCAAGGCUAGACUUCAAUGCUUCCAAUAAAACUGUUUGGUACCCAUG